AUGGGUACAAAGGAGGCUGUGGUGGGCAGCACUUCCUGCAGUGAAGAGAAGAGCAGCCCUUCUGAAGAGAGGAGCAGCUCUUCCAAGUUAGAUGGCAAGAGUGAGCAAGAAGUUGUACUCAAAGAUCCUCCUGUGAAUGAAGGAAAAGGCUACAAGGAACUGGCUGAUGAAAGCAAGGAAGCAUCUAUUGAACCUGAAAAGGAGCAGGUGACCACAGGUGGAAAAAUUGAAUCUGAGGCUGAAGGCACUGAAUUUGCAGGAUUGGAAGCAGAGGAGAAGAUGAGGAAGCCAGACAACAUGCUGAGACAACCAGAAUUUGCUCCAGCUGAGAGCAGUGAGGCAGAUGAUCAAUUAAGCACUUCAGGACUCGAAGUUAAGAGUGUUAAGAACAGGGAAAAUAUUGAACUAAAGAAGGAAAAUAUACUAGAAAAUGAUAGAGUUGAAGAUAUGUCUAAAGAUGGACAUGUGAAUUCUGACAGCAGUGGGGAGAGCAGCAAUGCAGAGAACAUUGAAAACAAACUAGAACCACUCCCAACAGCUGUGAAAGCAAAACUCCAUGUUCACCUUAGCAAAUAUGAACUGGAAGAGAAGGUGAAUGAUGAAGGCAGAGAGCUGGAAGAUGGCUCUUUCCUCUCCAAGCAGCAGAGGACAUUGAAGGAGAAAUCUGGCAAGUGUGAGAUCCCAGAACAAGCCAUGGAGAACCUGAGCAAAUGGGCCAUCUCCAAGGAGCCCCAGCUGGCCAGCAGCCGUGUGAGGGUCUGCAAGGACCAGUGGGAGGCAGAUGAUGUUGCUGACAACAUGCUGGAGAUGGAGUUCAUGCAGAAACAGGUGUACAUGUGUGAAGAGCACUGUGCAGAAGUUGAGGAGAUUGAAGAUCUAACCAGACUGGAACACAUCUUUGCCAUAGCAGAGAUGGCCUACACGCUGUCCCAGUCGUCAGGGCAGGAGCAGUGUGUCCUCAUCAGUGGGCACAGUGGAUCAGGUAAAACAGAAGCUACCAAAGCCAUUGUGCAAUACCUGACCAUGCUGUACCAGGGAUCUGACAGCCACAGGAUCAGACAGCCCUGCAGUGUCCUACCCAUCCUAGAGAGUUUUGGAAAUGCAAGAACCAUCCUCAAUGACAACUCCAGCCGUUUUGGAAAGCUGCUGAAUGUCCACCUGCGACAUGGCAUUGUGGUGGGAACAUCCAUCUCCCAGUACCUAUUGGAGAAGUCUCGUGUGGUAUUUCAGGCCCAUGGUGAGAGGAACUACCACGUGUUUUACGAGCUGCUGGCAGGGCUGCCCGCGGAGCAGAAAGAGGAGAUGUACUUGCAGGAGGCAGAGUCCUACUUUUACCUGAACCAGGGCAGAGCAUGUGAAGUCCUGGGGAAGGAGGACAGUCAAGAUUUUCUGGUCUUGGUGCAAGCUCUGGAAGGAAUCAGCCUCUCAGAUGAUCAGCUGAGCUCCACCUGGGCUGUCCUGGCUGCCAUUCUGCAGCUGGGGAACAUCUGCUUUACCUCCUAUGAGGUUACAUCUUAUGAUCGGAUCUUCACCCCUCUGUCUGUAGAAGGAGCCAUUGAUGCGAGAGACUCCAUUGCCAAGGCUCUGUACUACCUGCUCUUUGAGUGGCUGCUGCUGAGGAUCAAUGAGUGGUUGGCUCCCUGGGAGUCUGACUGUGCUGUGGGCAUUGUGGACAUCCAUGGGUUUGAGGAUCUGGGGGUGAACAGCUUAGAGCAGCUCUGCAUCAACUUUGCCAAUGAGCACCUCCAGUGGUUCUUCAGUCAGACUGUCAUUGCCCAGGAAGAGGAGGAAUACAGCCAGCAGCAGUUAGCUUGGAUUCCUGUUUCCAAGAUGUGCAGUGAGUCGUGCCUGGAUUUCCUUACUGCAAAGCCCCAUGGCAUCCUGUGCAUCCUGGAUGACCAGACAUCCCUGACUCAGGCCACAGACCACACUUUCCUCCAGAAGUGUCAUUACCACCAUGGAAACAGCCCUUGGUACACCAAGCCCAAGCUGCCUUUGCCAGAGUUCACUGUGCAGCACUACGCUGGCCCUGUCACCUACCAGGUCCACAAGUUUCUCAAUAAAAACCGUGACCAGCUGCGGCCAGAGGUGCUGGAUAUCUUCUCCCAGAGCCGCCUCAAGGUGGUGUCUCACAUUUUCCAGAGGGCUAAAGCUGCCUAUGGUCAGCGAAGGGAGCUGGGGGGCAGGGGCAGAGGGCUCAGGCCUCAGGCCUCCACACUGGUGUCCAAAUUCCAGCAGUCUUUACAGGACCUCACAGCCAAGCUGAGAGGGAGCCAUGCCUUCUUCAUCCGAUGCAUCACCCCUAAUCCCAGGAAGCUGUCAAAUGUCUUUGAUAUGGAAUAUGUCAACUGUCAGCUGCGACAUUCCGGGAUACUGGAGGCCAUCCACAUUCUGAAGGAGGGAUUCCCAGUCCGUCUGCCAUUCCAGAGCUUCCUGGCCAGGUACGGGCCCCUGGCUGGGAGCAGAGCAGCUUGGAGCAGCUUGGAGCAGAGAGAAGGCUGUGCAGCAGUGCUGGCUCACGUGCUGGGGAACCCCUCGGAUCUCUAUCAGAUUGGGGUGACAAAGGACGUGGGGCUGCUGGAGAUCCCUGCAGAUCUCGCAGCCCUCCUGCACUUUGUUGAAGGUCGACACCAAGCACAGGCCAACCAGAUAACUGAGACACAGCCCCCAGAAAUCAAGGUCAAGGAUGACCUUUCCCUCCCACCCACCAUCAACAGCUAUCCCUUCUCCUCCUUUGUCAAAUCACACUUCCAGAAGCCAGAUUUCCCUGCCCCUGGUCAGCCUCUGCAGCACCCCUUAACCCACCUGGAUGCUGAACACCAGGAGAGUGCACUUGAGAUAAACAAACUGAUUUUGCGGUUCAUCGGUGACCAGAAUCUCCGUGGCUGGCAGGAGGUCCUGCUGGGCAACUACAUUGCUGGGAGAGGUUUGAGCGAUGCUGCUCUGCGCAAUGAAAUCUUCAGCCAGGUGGUUGCCCAGACCUGGAGGAACCCGGACACAGAGCACAGCCAGCGAGGCUGGGUCCUGAUGGCCACUCUGCUGAGCUGCUUUGGCCCCUCACCAGCACUGGAGAAGCCACUGCUGAAGUUUGUGUCAGACUAUGGCAUGGAGGGCUACAGCGCUGUCUGCCAGCGCAAGAUGCUGACGGCAGCUCAGUGCACAGAGACAGAGCCUGCACCCUCUCGGGCUUACCUUCCCACCCAGCUGGAGUGGACAGCAAACCAGAGGAGAGGGAAGAUGGUGCUGGAUGUUCAUACCUUUAAUGAGGAGAAGUUCUCAGCUGAGGUGGAGUCCUGGAUGACUGGGGAGCAGUAUGCAGCCUGGAUUCUGAGUGCAAGGGGCUGUGACAAGAAGACUCGAGGGUGGUCUGUCUCCAUGUUCACUGGCAACACAUGGCAGGACCUGCUGGGCUGUGACUUUGUGCUGGACCUCAUUGGAGAGAUGGAGGAGACCAGCAACUUCAUCAGCUCCUCCCAGGCCCCCACUGAGUACCCCAUCAUUCCAGAAAGGGACAGGAGCAUCCUCCAGUCCUCUGACCUGGACAUCACUCAUCUCAUUUUCCUCUUCAACAGGAUCCCUCCUGCUCCAGGUAUCCAGGCCCCUGCCUUCCCCCCACCCAGCCUGCCUCCAGAACCUAUUGGUCUCCAUCCAGAUCCAAGGUUUAGAGAUGACCUGAGGACCCCUGUAGGCUUGGAUCACUAUGUGGAUGAUCUCUUCAGCCCUGUGCUGCAUCAGGGCUCCAGAGUAUCUGAUCUGGAGAACAGGGAGAUUCUCACCAGACGCAUGAAAGGAGGUGGGAAGAUUGGACCCACACAGAGAGGAAUCUUUCCUUCUACAGGCUUGUCUGGAAUGACUCAAACACCAGUUUACCAGCCCAUGCCCUCCAUGGUGGGGAUGCCAGCAGCCAUGCCCAUGAUGCCAGGGGUUGGUGGGGUUUCACCUAUGCCAGCCAUGGUGAUGCCCCAGCCCGUGGUUCCAGCUGUAGAUCCCAGCCAGUUGGCAGCACAGCAGCAAGCCUUUAUCAACCAGCAGGCCAUGCUCAUGGCCCAGCAGAUGACCCUUCAAGCCAUGAGCAUUUCCCAGCAGCAGCAGCAGCAGGAGCUGCAGAAGCAGCAAAAGUCUCUGGAGAACUCAAGGCCAAGAGUCUCAAGCCCAGCACAAGCCUCAGCCCCAGCCACUCUCCCAAAACCCAAGAAACCUUCCAGCAGCCAGGCUGCUGUAAAACCAUCAAGGUCUCCAGAGCCACCAGCUAAGGCAAAAGAGCCGGAUUAUGACUACAUGGAAGAGGAGUUCUCCAGCAGUGAUGAUGAUGACUGUCCUCGGGAAACCUUCCAGCAGAAGAAAGAGUACUUCCAGAAGAUGGGAGAGCAGCACAUCCGAGUGAAGAAAGUCAGACCUAGCAAAACCUGGACUCCUCCAGCAAAACUCCAGCCAACAGAGGAGGAGGAGGAGGAGAAAAGAGAGGAGCUGGAGAGGAAAGAGGAAUCUCCUGCUUCCCCUCUGCCACCUCCUGAGCCAAGGCCAAAGAAGGAGACACCAAAACCAAAGAAGGAGCCGCCUGUAGUGAAGCCCUCAGGCCCUGAGAAGCUUCCUGCACCCAGCCGUGAGAUCAGGAACAUCAUCAAAAUGUACCAGAGCAGACCAGCCCCCGAGCCCCAGCCCAUCCAGCCCACCAGGAAAGUAACCAAGCCAUUUAUAAAGAAGAACGACCCCAAAAAUGAGGCUCUGGCCAAGCUGGGAAUGAUGAACCCCUCACCUCAGCAAUCACCAUCUCCUGUGCCACAGGAGAAGAAAACACCUCCACCUGUCAAGCCCAAGCCAGGCCCAGCUUCCAGCUCUAUCAAGGAAAAGCAGUUGCCUCUCCUGUCCAUCUUUAAACCAGAGGAUGCCCCACCAGCUGCCCAGGCCCCUCAUGCUCCCCCUCUUCCCCCACCAAUGCCUGAGGACCAAGGCAGGCAGGAAUCCACAGGGAAGGACUCUGCUGUGACAGUGGCAGGUGAUGAUGGGAUCAAGACCCAGCUGUACAAGCUCACCACCAGUGUCAGCUUUUCCUAUGUCGACCCUGCCUGGAAAAUUUUUCUGCGCAAAGAGGUGUUUUACCCCAAAGAAAAUUUCAGCCACCCUUAUUGUCUGAACUUGCUGUGUGAACAGAUCAUCCGUGACACCUUCUCUGAGUCCAGCUUUCGGAUCUCCAGGGAGGAGAAGCGCAAGAUGAAAGACCUGCUGAUGGAGUUCCGAGUUGGCAACAAUGCCCAGUCCAUUCAGGAGGACGGGAUAAAGAAGAGGAUUGUAGUGGCUGCUCGGGACAACUGGGCCAACUAUUUCUCCCGCCUUUUCCCAGUUCAGGGUGAAAAGGGAAGUGAUGUGCAGAUCCUGGGUGUUUCUCACCGGGGCAUGAGGCUGCUGAAGGUGGAGAAAGCAGCUGGAUACCAUCCCGAGCACCUCAAGAUCCUAUGCAGCUACUGCUUUGCAGAUAUACUGUCAGUGGAGAUGAAAGGCAGCAAUUCCCUGGAGUUCUCCCUGAAAACAGAGCAGCUCAUCCUGCACUCUCCGAAGGCUCCAUGCAUCAAAGCCAUGGUGGAACUCUUCAUGCAGGAGCUGAGGCAGGACACCAACUAUGUCGUGGCUCUGCGCAGCUACAUCGUGGAUGACAAGAGCCUGCUCAGCUUCAAGAAGGGCGACCUCAUCGAGCUGCUGCCCAUGCAGGGCGUGGAGCCAGGGUGGCAGUUUGGCUCCACCGGUGGCCGCUGUGGUCUCUUCCCCACCAGCCUGGUGCAGCUGGCUCCUGCCAUUGACUACCUCACCACCAGCAUGGACAGACGGGGAGAGCAGAGGAAGAGCAUGAGAGCUUCCCCAGAGAGCAGAAACACCAGCAGGGAGAGUUCUGUCCUUAGCCUGACACCAGAAGCCACCAGCACCAUGUUAGUCCCUGCUGGUGACCAUUACACCAUGACUGACUUUGCCACCAGCUACUUCCGAGAGGCUCAGUCCAUGCAGGGCCUGAAGGGGACGCCUGUUGAGAAGAAGAAUGUGGCUGACCUGGUGCGGCACACCAAGGUCCCAAUCCAGGCGUCUUUGCUCCGGUACUCUGACAGUGAGCUGAAUGAGCUGGCUACAAGGAACUUCCAGACGCUGAUGAGGUUCAUGGGAGAUCGGCCAAAACACAAGCACCAGGCUGAGGUCCAAUGCAUCUAUGAAAUCCUUCAGCUGUGCAAGGAGAAGGAGAAUUUGCAUGAUGAGAUCUACUGCCAGGUCAUCAAACAGGUCACACACAACCCUCAGCAGGAGAGCGAGCUGCGGGGCUGGUUGCUCCUAAACCUGCUCACUGGGUACUUCCUGCCUUCCAAAAUCUUGAUGCCCUAUGCCACCAAGUUCCUGCAGCUGGCCAGCAGUGAUCCAUCCAGCACCCACCACGAUAUAGCCAAGAUUUGCCAGAGCAACCUGCGCAAAAACUUCCUGUACGGGGGCCGUCGGCACCUCCCUUUCCCUGUGGAGAUGGAGGCACUGCUGAAGGGACACGGUGCCCGCCGGCUGGUUGUGCUGAUGCCUGGAGGCAUGGAGUACCUCACCAGGAUCAGGACAUUCACUGUGGCCAAGGAGCUCUUGCAGGAGAUCUGUGAGCAGAUGGGAAUAGGUGAACAGCAAGAGAUACAGGAUUUUGUUCUCUUUGCUAUCAGGAGUGACGACAAAAAUCUUGAUAAAAUGGUGAGGCCAAUAAAACUGGAGGAGUAUCUCCAUGAUUACCUGCUGGAGGACAAGCUGGUCACUGUGACCUUACGCAGACUCAUCUGGAGGACACCUCUGCACUUUGACAACCAAGUUUAUACAGAUGUCCAUUAUGGACAGGUGCUGUGGGAUUACCUGAAUGGGAGGAUCCUGCUGAAUCAGAGUAAAGAAAUGGAGAUGCAGGUGGGCCUUUUGGCAAUGCUCCAGCACUGGGCCAAAGUGGAGCAGCAGAAAUCUGCUCCCUCCAGGGAAGAGCUGAAGGAGUACACUCCAAAGACCCUGCAGUCCUCCAUCAGCCCCAAGGCUCUGCACAACCACGUGGCCACACUGCUGAGAACGAGGCAGCCCCUCCAGCCACGGGAUGCAAAAAUCCAGUUCAUAGAGGACGUGAUGAAAUUGCCUUUCUUUGGCUACACCAUCUUCAUAGUGGAGAGAAUCAGCGAUAACAUGAUCCCUGUGCCCUGUUUCUUUGGUGUGAACAAGGAGGAGAUCAUUGUGGUGGAUGGCACCACCCAGGCCGUGUCCUGGGUCAUUCCCCUGAAGGAGCUGCAGAAGAUGCGCACCCUGAGGCCCAUCUCCGACGGGGGCCUUCCCGGCCUGGAGCUCCACUAUGGCUCCCCUGGCAACCCCGGGGCCCUGUGGGUGGAACUGUCACAGGCCAAAGAACUGUACCACACGAUUGUUGUCAUGCUGGAUAAAACAGAGCUGCACUCCUAGAGCCUCAAAGGAGGAGAAUGGCUAAGGAAAACAGCACUGUUUCCCCUUCUCUGAACUUGGUCAGUGCUCCCUGACCUGUCUUUGGGAGAGAACUCUUCCAGAAGACACCCAUGACCUCAGCCAGCUGCUUUCUAAGAAUACCACCACAGCGUUUGUUGAUGGAGUGACCAUAACCCUCGUGACCUGCCAUUCAGCCCUCAAGCACUUCCUUGAAACAAUCCAUGCUGUGGCUAAACAAACCCCAAGGGCCUCUCCACACCACAGCCCGUUCCAACAAUGAGCAGCUGACCCAAAGCAAGCAUUUGCCUUCAAGCUUUGCACUGUGCAACUCCUCCUUUCUGUUUUGAAUUCAUUACCACGAGCAAAGCCUGGUGCUUGCUAGAGAUUUGUGUAUCCCAAUGCCCAGCUGAGGCUGUGCAGUGCCUGCAUGGGCUGCUGGUGUUUUCCAGGAGCCAGAUUUGUUUCUGAAUUGAUAUGCAGAGGUCCUGUUGCAGGAUCUGUGAAGCAGUUUGUAGAAAGCAUCCUAAUUGAAAAGCAGAUCAGUGUUAAUCAUACAAUUAACACGUAUGCUGGGGCACAGAUUGAGCUGCAGUGGUAAGGAAGUUUAUUGUUAAUUAAUUUCCCACUGACAUAAUUAUAUGCAUAUGCUUCCCUCUACUAUAAAGAAGUCAGUCAUGGCCAUGCAGCUGUCAGACUUCAAUGAUGGCUCCAAGCCCAUGGAAGAAGCUUCUUCAAACAGAACUUGUAUUAUACUGAAGUGUUUUGGGUUGUACAAAAAUAUUUCAUUUAUUUUUACUGCCACAGCUCUCCUAAUGACCUGAGGAGUAACUGCCCUUUAGGAAAUUGCAAUAAAAUAAUCACAGAGAUGUUCUGAAGGUAUGAUAUGCUAGAUCUUACAUCUAACCUGGGAAAACUUAGCUGCAGGUAAUGGGCAAAGCUUGAGUAAAAUGUUGUCACUGUUGGCAGGGAAGGGGGAUAUAUCUGAGGGUGCUCACUGCAAGCCCUGAUGCACAGUUAGACUUUUGCUGGUGAGCUGAUGCCAGUGGGAACUACAGCAUUUUCUCUGGCAGGUGCUUCUCUUUGAGUGCUGCUUAAUGUACCUCUGGCCUCUGGAGUGACUGAGUGGUAAGAAAAAGCUUCCAGGAACAAUCCACAGCAGUUGUAAC